CGCGCGCGGGGGUGGGGCCCGCGCGUAUAAAGGGGGCGCAGGCGGCUGGGCGUUCCACAGGCCAAGUGCUCUGUGCUCGAGGGGUGCCGAAUAGGCCCGAGUGAGCAAGCGAGCAGUCAGGCAGCUCUGAGGGGGCGCGGCCGCAGCCGGACAGGACCAGCGAACCAGCCGUGGAAGCCGUCCACCACCAGACAGCCAGCACAGCAGAGAUGGAGCGCCUCGUCAGCGGUGAGACCUAUCCUGUACUGGUGCGCACUAGCGCCUGCCGUAGCCUCUUCGGGCCGGUGGACCAUGAGGAGCUGGGCCGCGAGCUGCAGAUGCGCCUGGCGGAGCUGAACGCGGAGGACCAGAACCGCUGGGACUUCAACUUCCAGCAGGACGUGCCGCUGCGGGGCCCUGGGCGCCUGCAGUGGACCGAGGUGGACAGCGAGUCCGUGCCUGCCUUCUACCGCGAGACGGUGCAGGUGGGGCGCUGUCGCCUGCUGCUGGCGCCCCGGCCCCCCCCGGUGGCCGUGGCUGUCAUCCCGUCCCCUGAGCCGCCGGCCACUGAGUCCGUCGACGGCCUCGAGGAGGCGCCUGAGUCACCUAGCGCCCCGGCGGCGGCGCCCACCCCGCCCCCAGCCCCGGCCCAGGUCCUGGACCCGGCCCCGGCCCCAGUCCCGGACCCGGACCCGGCACCAGCUCAGGCCACGGUCUCGGCCUCAGACCUGGCCUCUGACGCCGACCCGGACCCGGACGCGGCGCCCCAGGACGGCGCCGAGCCAGAUGAGAACCAGCGCAGCCAGGAGCCGCUCGCUGACCAGAUGCACGCGGGGAUUCCGGGACGUCCCGCGGCCGGCACCGCUGCAGCGGGAGCUAACAGCAGCGCGGCGAUCAAGAAGCUGUCGGGGCCUCUCAUCUCUGCAGAUUUCUUCGCCAAGCGCAAGAGAUCUGCGCCUGAGAAGUCGUCGGGCGAUGUCCCUGCGGGGUGUCCCUCUGCUAGCGCGGCUCCUGGGGUGGGCGCCGUGGAGCAGACCCCGCGCAAGCGUCUGCGAUGAGUUAGUUUAGAGCCCUGAGAAUUCCUGGGCGGCGGAUGUUGGAAGACAGCUGGGCCUCGGCUGGGACCGUACAUGUAGCAGCAACCGGCGGCGGCUGCCGCAGAGCAGCGAUUGGCUUCGUGUUUAAAAAUCUGAAACGUGUGCAAUGUGUAAUGACGUCUCUAUAUCAAGAUGUAUCUGCACAGGAGUACACUGGUCCCAAGGUGUAAAGCUUUAAGAGUCAUUUAUAUAAAAUGUUUAAUCUCUGCUGAAACUCUGCAAAAAAAAAAAAAAAAAAAAAAAAAAAAAAGAGAAAAGUAUAAAAAAAAGUACAAAAGAGAAAAAAGAAAAAAAAGGAUAAAAAGAAAAAAACCCAUGUAUAUUUGUACAAAAAGUUUUUAAAAGUUAUACUAACUUAUAUGUUCUAUUUAUGUCCGGGCAUGGGCAUCUCCACCAUGCCCUGCCCGGUCAUUGGUCAUGCCAAAGGCACUAUAUCUCAUCCUUCUCAGUUAUCCACAAAUGUAAAUUGAAUAGCGGGCUUUAGGGGAGGGGGGGGGUCGCUCACAAAUUAGCUGCCACACAUAUGCACCUAGCUUGCAGCCUUUUCACGCUUUUGCUCUUUUAUAAUCAUUGUAUUUUAAACUUGAAGACAAAUCUGUUAAAAGUGGUUCCCGAGCCGUUUGUACCACUGCCCCAGCUCCACAUCCGUCAAAUUCUAAAUAAAGAGGCCAAAAAUGCUGCA